CUUGGGUUAAAACAUGAAGUUACGGGCCGGGCCGCGAGGGGCGGGGAGAGGAAGCGGAAGUGUUGCUGGCCCGAGGAGCGUUCACCUGAGUCGGUGGUGGCGUUUCUGGACCCUUGCCAUGGAGGCGUCUAGCGAGCCUCCGCUGGAUGCUAAGGCCGAGGUUACCACCCAGCUUAUGGAUUUUCAGUGGAAACUAGGUAUGGCUGUGAGCUCAGACAGUUGCAGAUCUCUUAAGUAUCCUUACGUUGCAGUGAUGCUAAAAGUGGCAGAUCAUUCAGGCCACAUAAAGAAGAAGUCCUUUGAAAUGACAAUUCCCCAGUUUCAGAAUUUCUACAGACAGUUCAAGGAAAUUGCUGCAAUUAUUGAAACUGUGUGAAAACUGAUUGCUAUCAUCAUUCUAAAAUCGUGGACUUCACUUUCUUCAAGAGAACUGCAUAAGGAUCAAAUGAUAUUUAUUGAAUGAAAAUUGAACUUUUGUUUUUUCAUUUUUUUAAAUAAAAAAUCAGACAAACAGGAAAAAAA